AUGUUGUUUUCAACGUCUCUGGUGGCCUUGAUCUUGUCGCCCCGCCGUCUUCAGAUAACAAACACCAAGCGACAAUCCACCAUCUGCGAGUUGACCUUUCCAACUACCGUGUUAGCAGUGAAGUUGAACCGGAAAAGACUCGUUAUAGUACUUGAGGACUAUAUCUACCUUUACGAUAUUCAGACCAUGAAGCUUCUUUCGACAAUUGAGACAUCGCCGAAUCCAAAUGCAAUCUGUGCGCUGUCUCCUUCUUCGGAGAAUUGUUAUCUAGCCUAUCCUCUGCCCCAAAAAGCGCCAUCUUCUUCAUUCGCGCCCCCCGCGCAUGCUCCUCCAAGCACGACAAAUCAUAUAUCACCGACUACUGGUGACGUAUUGAUCUUCGACGCCAUAAAAUUGGAGGCUAUCAACGUUGUAGAGGCUCAUCGAUCUCCUCUAUCAUGUAUUACACUAAAUAGCGAAGGCACUCUACUAGCUACGGCUUCGGAUAAAGGGACCAUUAUUCGGGUUUUUUCUGUGCCCGAUGGCCAAAAGUUGUAUCAGUUCCGCCGCGGGUCUAUUCCAUCUCGCAUAUACAGCAUGUCAUUCAACACAAUGUCCACACUUCUUUGUGUUUCCUCGGCCACUGAGACUGUUCACGUCUUCAAAUUGAACGGCCAAGGGAACAACCCAGACGGGAGUUCGAGAUCUCCUACACUGGAUCGACCGGCCAGCCCUAGUUCGGGCGACUAUCGAUAUGAGCAACAAGACCCCGGAAUGGAGGCAUCUGACUUUGCCUCCAGAAAGCACAAUGGCACGCUCAUUGGGAUGAUCAGACGCACAUCUCAGAAUGUUGGAAAUACCUUUGCCGCUACUGUUGGGGGUUAUCUGCCAAAAGGUGUUAGCGAGAUGUGGGAACCUGCACGGGACUUUGCCUGGAUGAAGUUACCAAAGUCCAGUCAAGGAGCUGGUGGUCAUGCCAAUACCGGUCCAGUGAGGAGCGUUGUUGCAAUGAGUAGCAAUACGCCCCAAGUCAUGGUUGUAACCAGCGAGGGGAACUUUUAUGUGUUCAACAUUGAUUUAUCGAAAGGUGGCGAGGGAACAUUGACUAAGCAGUAUUCGGUGCUCGAGAGCAAUGACAAGCUUGGGUCGUCAGGCCUAGACUAUUGA